UCUCUGAUAUCCCAUUGAGUGAGAACUGCUCUGACUGCAAAUAUCUCAGCCCCCAUCCUUUCUCCCAGGCUCCAGGAUGGUGGUCCUGAGGGUCCCUGGGGCCCCGGGGAUGGCAGCUCUCAUGAUGUCCUUGAUGACGCUGAGCUCCCCUUUGGUUCAGAGCAGAGACACCCCAGAGCUUUACCUCUACCAGAGGCGGAGUGUCUGCUACGAGUUGAACGGGACACACCGCUUCCUGGAACAAUACGUGUACAACAGAGAGCUGUUCGUCCAGUUUGACAGUGACAGCGCCGAGGGGGUGUUUGUGGCGGAGUCUGAGCUGGGCCGCGAAACUGCCAAGAACUGGAACAUCCAGAAGGAGUUCCCGGAGCUGAGACGGAGCGCCGUGGACACGGUGUGCAAGCACAACUUCAAGCUGGACGAGGGUUUCACGCUGCAGUGCAGAGUCCAGCCUAACGUGAACGUCUCCCCCUCCAAGAAGGGGCACCUGCAGCACCACAACCUGCUUGUUUGCCAUGUGUCAGAUUUCUAUCCCGGCCACAUUCAAGUCCGCUGGUUUCUGAAUGGACAGGAGGAAACAGCUGGGGUUUUAUCCACUAACCCGAUCCAUAAUGGAGACUGGACCUUCCAGAUGCUGGUGAUGCUGGAAAUGACCCCCCAGGAGGGAGAUGUCUACACCUGCCAGGUGGAGCACCCCAGCCUGGACAGUCCUGUCACCGUGGAGUGGAAGGCGCAGUCUGAUUCUGCCCGGAGCAAGAUGCUGGCUGGAGUCGGAGGCUUCGUGCUAGGGCUCGUGGCCCUCGGAGUGAGCCUCCUUCUCCGUUUUAGAAGCCGGUGAGGACUCCGGAAUUGAUCUCAACUAUCACACGUAGCCUUGGAACAAGUGAUUCUGAUACUCCUGUUGUCCAGCAAUCCCCCACUUCCAGAAAGGAUAUUAUGGCUAAAUUGUGCCCCUGACACCAGUUUCUGAGUGUCUGCAUUUUAAUUCAAUGUGCUUACUCUUUCUCAAGUUCUUCCAGUCUAUUGAGGGACCUUUCCUGAGGAACAUAAACCAUCUAAAUCGAAUACUGUUGUUCUUUCUUUUUGAGAGGAAGGAGAUGAUCAUGUGGCCAUGUUUAUGGUUGAAGGAUUUGGUGAUCACUGGACAGGUCAUUGUUGUUUUACCCAGGCAUGGAGAAAUAAUACACUUCUUGAUGGUGAUCGAUUCUCCUUGUUGAAUAAGAGGCCAACUGAUAGAGGACCUCCUAAAAUUCGCUUUACUUCAUUGUGGAUGACCAAAUUCAUUCUGCAUUUUUACUA